AUGUCUGAUUUUGCUAUGGAGAAUGAAAACAUGAACCUCCUCAAAGGGACGACGUUCACGACGCGGCUGUCCGAGUGGACAGCCGACAACGAACAAAAAGUCAACCAGCGGAGAGCAGAAGCGAAGAGGUAUUUGAGAAUAGGGUACAGGAGAAUAGAAGGUUUCUUCCCUCUCGACAACCGUUUCCCGGCGCUGGAACCGAGGAAGUGGCGAGGAGAGCAAAGCGACUUCCAGAAGGCGAGGGGGCGGCAGCGUUUGCCGGGGGAGGUUGUGGCGGCGGAGGAGAGAUGGGACAAGGGGGUAUCAAUAAACGGCGGAGGGGGUAGAUGGUUGUAUCCCACGAUGGUUCGAAGAAAAAGAGCCAAAAAGAGGCAAAGUUGCAGCGAUCCAUUUAUGGUGCGCAUCUGGGUGAUAAAAGGGUUUGUUAUGGUUGAAGGGCGUCAAACGGGAACAACGCCGGUCAGGAAUAAGGAUGUGGUUCCUGCCAGGCGGGCAAGGCUUCGGGGAACGUUGCCAAGCUCGCUGCGAGAACGAAGGAGAUGGACAAGUGAAAACCAAGACAACGGUGGCCAAGCAACGAGGUGUGGUUCGGGCCGGCCACGCAUUGUCUGGCGUCAAUGCAAAGUCGAAUGCGAAGGAGAAAUAUGCGCAAGACAAAGAGCUUUUUCUUUCCAGUCCCCUGCGUCAAAAGCGAAGAGGGGAGGCAUGUUGAGGACAUGA